GUUGAUGCCGUUUGCUUUUCGAGUGUUUGGAGAUUAUCGUGUUAUUUUCGAUUUUGAGACCUAAGCGUGUAUUCCGGAUAAAGAUUGUGCCUAACCUGUGACCUAGCAAGAAUUUGGACUUCGAGUUGCCCUCAGAUUGGUUUGUUAUUGAGAAAGAUGUCGUAUACGAAGUGCGUUUAUUACAAUUGUAAAAACACAAGUCAGGAAAUUUCUAUGUUUCGGUUUCCAGUACAUGAUCAAGAGCGUCUAUUACUUUGGAUUCGAAAUUCAGGGAAUAUUUACCUGGACUCAUUAACAAUUGACGAACUAAGUCGUCGGUACAUUUGUGCGGCACAUUUCCAUCCAAAUAACAUACAUAAAGGGAAUUUAAGAAGUCGUUUACUUGGACCAGCAGUUCCAGAAUCUUUCCAAAAAGAAGCAGAAGUUUCAGGUAACCUGCCAUCCCCUGAAGUUUUGAAAGUGAUGACACCAAAGAGAUUUUAUACCAGAAAACGCAAAAUUUCCCCAAUUGAAACAAGAAGUUCAUCGCCAACAAGUUUACAUUCACUCUUCGAGGGACCAAUACCUACUCCCACCGGAAGGUUCUCUAGGAAGAGUGAAUUUCUGGGGCCACAGAGAAGACUGUCUAGAAAAUGCUUGUUCCAAGAACAACAAGAUGACACACCAAAAACAAAAAGAAUGAAAUUUUCAGCUUCCAAAUUAAUAAAACAAAAUAAAGCGUUAAAAGCACAGAUACGAAGACUUCGGAGUAAAUCGAAAGUUUCAUCUGAAGUACUUCUCAUAAAACCCGGUGAUUUUAGAAGUGAGACAGCAAAAACGAUUGCUCUAAUGCAAACACGAAAAAUAAAUGAAAAGAAGAAGUGGACUAAAGAAGAAAAAAAUAUUUGCUUAUCUUUGUUUUAUAAAUCCGCCUCAAACUAUAUGUGUCAUUUAACUCACCUCAUCCACGACCCCAAGAUCUUCUCGUCCACCCCUACAUGCGUGGACAACUUUUAUUAG